AUGGAUAGCGACUACGGAAUCCAGUCAAUUUUGUCGGACGACGAGCAAGACGCCUGGGACGAAAUUGACGCUCCUUUUCUCGAGCGGCCCAGCUCCUCCGGUCUGGUGAUGCCUGCGAUUUCCUCCGACGGCUCCGUAGUGUCUAGUCGAGAGAUAAUGAGCAAGGGAGACGGCUUUCUGAACGGUGAUUUCCCAAUGCCAAAAUUUGCGCAGUUAUGGAACAAAUCCGGGUGUUUGUGUAUAGAGCCGCUCUGUGGUUGUGACAAGGUGAGGGAAAAGGUGGAGGCUCAUCUUGGCAAUAUGACUGAGAAGCAGAGGGGAUACGUGGUUGUCUUCGAGGUCGAGCCUGAAGCUGCCCAGCUGGCCAAGAUGGCAGUGUUAAGGAACUGGAAAGGAGACGAGAAAGUCUUCAUGUUUUUGGAUACCAAAUUCGAGCUUUCCAAGAAGAUGCGAGAUGGUAUUAAUGAGGUGGAAAGAGUGGAACUGGUUGUUUUGGGUGGUGAAGAGAAGAAGGCAGAUGGUGAUAUUACCAUUGAUGCGAAACCGGCACAUGGUACAAAGAGAAUGAGCGCCGACGCAGUAUCCUCCUUCCUCAAAAUUCUCUUUUCUAUUGGGAUUGUGUUCGUUCUGUUCAACCCUCAGAAGCAAACCAGUCCCUCUUUCUCAGCCUCCAAUACCACCUUCUAUGGUCCUCCGCAGCCUGUGACCCCGUUUAAGUAUGAGAUUCCAGACUCCAUGAUAUUUCCAUCUUGCUAUUACUUGGACAAGCCAGAGGUCCACGUCACCGCUCCUUCCCAUCAGAACAGUUUAAGCAUAGAAACAGUCUUCAACUUUCUUUCUGAGGGCUUUCAGCGACUAUGGAACGGUAUCCUGAGCAUACCGUCUUUGCUGAGUCGACUUUUGGGACUUGAUAAAGAUGUGUUUGAGACCAACAGUGAACGAACGUUGAGGAAGAUUGGGCUCGACAUGGAUCUAUUGGUUGAACUAAUGGACGAAAUUCUUGAGGAGCAGACUGAGCAAUCUCUUCACGAUGCCCUCUAUGUCUGGAACAAGAUGGGCUCCGACAUAGCUGAGCCCCUCAAGCGCCUGAAGUACGACGAGAAGACAACUUCUGCCAACUUUCUGUCAAUCAUAAAGCUUGAGAGGAGAUUGAAGGUAGUAGGGGAGAAGCUGGCUACAACUAAGAGAGAGGUUAGUGCAAUGAGAGAUCGUGAGAAGGGAGGGGCACGAGAGAAAGCAAGAGGAGGUGAGAUUGCUCGUCCACGUGAGAAGAUCAAUUCUCAUCCGAUUGUUGGCGCACGUGAAAAUCCUGAUGUUCUAAAUAUGUCUCCAUUACCCACUGACUACAUGAACCGAAUGGAAUACCGCGACCGACAGGGCCAUGGGCGACGAGGAAGGAAGAGAGAGAGAGAGAGGGGAGGACCGAGGCGCUCAUAG